GUCUUAGUUGCAGAUAUCACGCUCUAGCAUGGAUGGGCGUCACUCGCACAAAUGGGUUCCUCUCACGCACGCAAUCUCUAUUCUCGUACUUUCUUAUCAGGAACGCUGCUACCGAAACCUAGGGAACCCGUGGGUUUAAGUGCAAUACCUGCUCGUCUUCCCUGUCUUCCCGGUUCUCCUCUACGCAGAUUUGCCAUCUCAUGCUCGGUCGCCCUAUGAUUUGAUUAGUGACUGUGUACUCGUGCUCGCUGAUCUCUCCUACCCAGUUCCCUGGGUGACAGUGCCUUCACCCAUGGUUUCCUAUUCUCUGCACCACGCCAGGUCUAUACUCUUUGUCGGCAUUUGCAUUACUUCAGUUGUCAACGCGGCGGUUCCAUUCGCGCUCACAUGGUCGGAUAAGAGUUAUGGUCCAGAUGGUCCCUGGCAUGCAGUUGAGGUCAAAAUCGGCUCGGCUGAGCAAGAAGUGUGCCUCUACCCAGGAGGGGUCUGGCAGAGUUACAUUCUUCUUUCCUCAAUCUGCUCAAACACCUCGAUCUCUUCCUACUGCUAUGCUAGUACAGCUGGCGUAUUCAACAACUCAGCAUCAACAUCAUUCGACGAUACAUCCAUAAGAUUGGAAAUAAACGAUGCAACCUGGGGACCACUUCACUUUGCCUCAGCUACUCAAACUCCUAUCUAUGGCACCGCAAAGUGGGCCAUGGAUUACGUCGAUAUCCUGGGAGUCAGCGCCCCUAAUGUCAGUCUGAACGUGCUGGACCAGGGGUACCAGAUAUACCCCGAUGGAACAAACUACCCUCUUGAACUUGGAGUUCUCUCAUUGGGAGCCCCAGAUCUUGAACAAACAUUCAGCAAUUCUGAUGGUACGUCUGUGAACAGCACGUUUGUCAGCAGCUUUAUAUACACGUAUGGUGGCGGACAGGCCACCCCGUCCUACUCCUAUGGCAUGCAUAUCGGCUCGCCCACCUUCAACAUUGCGGGGUCCUUGUGGCUUGGGGGAUACGACAAAUCCAGGGUCCUUGGGAAUGUCUCCUCUCAACCUUAUAUUGACGCAACAUUUCCGAUCAAGUUGCGGGACAUAAGUCUCGGUGUUGUCAGCGGGGGCUCGCCGUGGUCGUCGUCGAGCAAUUUGACCGGUCUUCUUGCAGCGGGUAAUUCCUCACUCUCAUCCAACGGAAUAACAGUGCUAUCAAGCCCCGGUGACCCUUACCUCUACCUCCCUCAAAGCACAUGUGAUGCCAUCGCAGCCCAGCUGCCAGUCACCUAUCAAAGUAAAUAUGGCCUCUACUUUUGGAACACCUCAAGCAAGGCCUAUUCGGAUAUUGUAACAUCACCGAGUUACCUGGCUUUCACAUUCGACAAGGACAAUUUGAAUCUGUCCAACAUCACGAUCAAGAUUCCGUUUAACCUCCUGAACCUCACAUUGACGCGGCCGCUGAUCGAUACUCCGACGCCAUACUUUCCCUGCAUGGGAACGGACGGUACAUAUGCGCUGGGGCGGGCCUUUUUUCAAGCGGCCUUUGUGGGGGUGAACUGGGGAUCGGGGACGGGGAAUUGGUUCCUUGCACAGGCGCCAGGCCCGAACCUGCAAACAACGUCGACGACGGUCAUCCAAGCGUCGGACAGCUCGAUCACCGGCUCCGACAACAGUUGGGAGAACAGCUGGGCCGGGUACUGGACCGAACUCUCCAGCUCAACGGCGACCGCUACCAAUGCGACACACACGAGGUCCUCUAGCGCCACGGCCACGGACACCAGUCUCUCUACGGGCGCAAAAGCAGGAAUCGGCGUAGGCUGCGGGGUGGGAGCCCUUGCCGCCAUUCUGCUCGCCCUCUGGUACUUCCGGCGUCGCCGGCGCGCCCCCAAGCAAGUGAGUAGUAGGGCCUACCGCGAUGCCCGCGGGGGUAACGACUUACCCGAUUUGGCGCAAGCUCAAAGCCGGGGCGGCCACAGCUACCGUAGUCGGGCGCCAGACCAUUCCAUCGUCUCUUCGGCUUCCACCGUACACAAACCUCCUGCCGAGCUCUACACGCACCAGAACGAGGGCCCGUAUGAGAUGUUAUGAGGCUCGCAAGCCUCAAAGUCGUCGACUUGUGGUCUUCACGAUAUGAUCUCCGUGACCGUAAUUCAUGAUAUACGAGGGAAAUGGCCUUUUGCCUACUGGAUUUGUUCAAUACACGGCUUAUAAUAGGUGCAGAGGGGUUGGCAUGGUAGUCGUCGCUCGCCUGUAUCUUGGCUUGCGUUGUAUAUACUAGUCUUUCGAUCUCAAAGCUAGCUGUACUUGAUUUUCAAUAGCUUGGGAUACGAGCUUUCAAGCCCCUUCCGCGGCACUUCUAUAGUAGGAGAUUGUAUGAUAUCUAAUUCGACUAGUGGGAACGAUGCCAAG